GAUCAAUAUGUGUUUAGGGCGAACUUUUUGAUUAUCUGUAUCCGCCAUUUUGAUUUCCAAAGAAUGACAGUUAUACACACAUAUAUAUAUAUAUAUAAACAGACAAAUACAUCUAUAUAUACAUAUAUAUGUUUCAGCCUGCACAGUGUGAACACGGUGUAACGGGGGCAUCGUAGCAUGAACCGACGCUGCGACCGACCGGGGCAGAGGCGGUGUCCUGUCUGGAGCCAACCACGCAGUUGUGCGUCGCCGGCCAUGGGCCUGCGCUAAUGGCUUUCCAUAGGACGUGACGGACAGAGUCGCCGAGCCGCCGUUCAAGCCUGCGGAGGUCGACCGACAGAACGCGAUGGCGAAGGGGUUGAAGACUUUCUGUCCUUGUGUUGUGCGUCUGGCGUUAGUAUGAGUGAAACGGGUGUUUGCGUCUCCACUGUGUGAAUUUGCCAAUGCUGAUUGAUGUGGCUUGAAGGCUGUUUGGCGAGAUCUGACUGAGGCUACCACUCCGUGUUCAAAACAGCUAAGUGUAUGUGCCGGUGACCUCAGCCAUGUUUUGGAAGUUUGACUUGCACACAUCUUCCCAUCUGGAGGCUUUACUGGACAAGGAGGAUGUCACGCUUGCUGAGCUCAUGGAUGAGGAAGAUGUGCUGCAGGAGUGCAAGGCUCAGAACAGGAGACUUGUCCUGUUCCUUUGCCAGGACCAGUGCAUGCAGGAGCUGGUCUGUAUGAUUACUACAGAGCCCCCUGCUGGUGUAGAGGAGACCAGGCGCUUUAAGUAUCCAAAUAUAGCAUGUGAGCUGUUGACAUGCGACGUGGGAGUGAUCAAUGAUAAGCUGGGUAACGAGGAGUCUCUGCUGGAAACUCUGUAUGCCUUCUUGGAGCAGCCGUCCCCACUUAACCCGCUCCUGGCAUCUUUUUUUAGCAAGACGAUUGGGAACCUCAUCUCACGGAAAACUGAGCAGGUGAUUAGUUUUCUGCAAACGAAGGAGGGAUUCCUCUCCUUGGUCCUGAAGCAUAUUGAUACGUCAGCCAUGAUGGAUGUGCUCCUUCGACUUAUCAGCUGUGUGGAGCCACCCUCUCUUCGACUUGAGACUCUUACUUGGCUGAAUGAAGAGAAGCUGGCCCAGAGACUAAUAGAGCUCAUUCACCCAGAGAGAGAUGAAGAGGUCGGAAGGCAGUCCAAUGCAUCUCAGACUCUGUGCGACAUCAUUCGUCUGAGCAGAGACCAGGCCAAUCAGCUCCAAGAGAUUUCACAGCCUGACCCUUUGCUGACUGUACUGGAGUCGCAGGAGUGUGUGGAGCAGUUGUUGAAGAAUAUGUUCUCAGGAGAGAGGACCGAGAGCUGCAUCGUCAAUGGGAUUCAAGUACUUCUCACAUUGCUGGAAAUCAGGAGGCCUGUGGUGGAUGGUGUAAUGGACGCUCAGGGAUUUGAGAGAAGUUACACUGUUAACAGCAGCAUUUUGUUGGCCAUCGAACCCCACCUGAUACACUUCCAACAGCUACUUCUGGAGCCACCUAAGCGACAUCCCAUGCUGACUACCCUCGGUGUGCUAGAGGAACCACUGGGAAACACACGUCUGCAUGUAGCCAGACUAGUUGCCUCUCUGCUGUAUACCAGCUCUGCAAGCCAUGCAGUCGUAGCACAGGAACUCUGCAGACUCAAUACGAUGGACCUGCUUCUGGACUUGUUCUUCAAGUACACGUGGAACAAUUUCCUGCACCUCCAAGUGGAGCUUUGUGUUGCAGCCAUUCUCAGGCCCUGUGCCCACGAAAUGAGACUUCAGCCCGGCAUUGGAUCCCAGGACAAAUUCAGGCCUUAUGAGGAGGCAUCAACAGAGCAGGCUUCGACUGAGACCCCCUCCUCAGAACCUACAGUGACCCCUGAAAACUCCGCACAUAACUUAAUGGUGACACAUUUGUUUCAGCACUGCCACCUUGUCCAGAGGAUUCUAGAGGCUUGGGAAGAGAAUGAUAAAAUACAAUCAGAAGGGGGCAUGAGAAGAGGGUAUAUGGGACAUCUGACCAGGAUCGCCAACACAGUUGUCCACAACCUGGAGAAGGGCCCAGUUCAUGCACAGAUUAGUAGCCUCAUCACAGAGCUGCCAGACGACUACAGGGGACGCUGGGAAACCUUUGUGGACCAUACCCUGUCAGAGACCAAUAGGAAGAACACCAUAGACCUGGUUGGCGCAGGAAACCCACGUCCUUGCUCCGAAGAUGACAUGGAGAGCCCCUUCCCUAAAGAACUGACACUACAGCAGGCCUUUUCAGACUACCAGAUACAGCAGAUGACCGCUAACUUUGUGGAUCAGUUUGGUUUCAAUGAUGAGGAGUUUACCGAUCACGACGACAGUAUUGGGGCAACAUUUGACCGGAUUGCAGAGAUAAAUAUCAACAUUGAUUCAGGCCAGGACAGUGCUAACGCAGCUGUGUUCGAGGCCUGUUCCAAGGAGAGGAUUCAGCCCUUCGAUGAUGAUGAAGAGGACAUCUGGGAGGAGAAAGAGAUCAACUAUGCAACACAAACAAAGUCCAGGAACAGGUUUGGUGGGUCACAGCCCUCCCUGAGUCAAUCAGCCAGUAAGGCCUGUGAUAGGACAGCAACCUCUGGCACUGAGUUGCCUGAUAAAGCGGCGGACUCGCACUCAGAGGAAACAGAGGAGCCCAAAGAUGACCUGGAUCCUUUCUCAAGCCAAGGCCAGACUGAGGCAGCAAAGAGCACUGGCUGGAUAGCAGACUUUGGAGAGGUGAACUCAAAGGCACCCGCAGCAGGAGUGGGCUUUGCAGCAUGGGACACUCCACUCUCCCAACCAGCAGCCACAGACGCAGAGGAGAAAGGGUGGGCCAAGUUCACGGACUUCCAGCCUUUUUGUUGCUCUGAAACAGGCCCUAGAUGCAGUUCCCCUGUGGACUCGGAGCUAAGCGGAUCAGACGGCACCAAACCAAACCAGAACCCUUGUGUGUGGAGUGUGUGUGUGGCGAGAAAAGCUCCACUGGUGGCGUCGGACAGCUCUUCCUCCAGCAGCUCCGGCAGUGACGAGGAAGAAGGCAAGACGGCAUCCACAUCCAGUGAGACGGUCACCACGGAGACUAUCACCACUGGUGCCGGCAAGGAGACCAUCCGGCUCACCAUGGACGCUAAGAAUGAGAGGGCAGUCUUCAGCAGAGUAUUCAGACCGGCAGUCAGACGCGAAGCAGCUAAGGUGCCAACCGAGGGCCUCUCCAUAAAAGACACGGGCAAAGGCAACGAGAAAGAGAGCGAAAAAGGAGCGAAGCACGGAGACUGUCCCAACCCAACUACUGCCGGUCCUUCUAACCAGCCAGCUGCUGUCACACAAGAGACGCAGCCCUCUGCGAAUGGACCGGCCUAACGAUGUGGUACAGGAACACACACACACAAAAGCACUUCUCACCUAGUUCAUUCAACACACAGCCAUGGCCAUGCCACCUCUGCUUCCUGUUAGCAGCUCUUCAAUGCCCCUUUUCUGUGUGUGAAGAAUGGGAGAUCUUAUCAGUUUGUAUGUUGGAUACCACAAAUCUACACAUGAGCAAAUCAUGUCUCAUACUGCACUACUGACAUUAUUAAAUCUGAUCCACGUCAAAGGAGAAUGUGUGUUGUGAACAACAUUUCAUCAUGCCAGACCCCGAAAGCCAAAACAUUUAUAGAACUAUUUAUAGACGAUAGAUUUAUAGAUUUUUUCCCAUCGAACCUGGGAAAGUAAAACCCUCUCUCCUGCUGUGAUGAACAAAGGUGACACUGAGUGUCCGAGUCUCAGCUGUGCCACUUCAGAAAACAAACAUCAAUCUGAAAUGUGGAUUAAAUUCAGCGUCAGAAUUUCACAUUGUUUGAGCAUGUCUGUUUUCUGGGCAUUUAAUCACAACCCAGUGCAUUUUUUUUCUAGUAAAGCAUUCGACUGUUUACACUUUAGUCAAGAAAUUGUAUUUAAAUUAUCAGCCAAGAUCACAAAAAGCCAAGACACUUGCAAAGCCGAAAAAAUAGCCAUUAUUUUGUCUUCAACAUUUCAGUGUACAUGCCAGGCAGACGAUUUAUUAGUGCAAAAUGUGCGAAUGAUAGUAAUUUGGCUUUUUCUUUUUCAUAUUUGCUACCUGAACUUUUCUCUCUCUCGUCCAUCUCCGUGGAUUUCUUUUAUGGUGUGGAACAUAAAUUGCUCUCUUUGGUUGUUGGUAGCAUCAUGUGUCACUUCCUCCUCUAACCUCUGACAGAUUCAUGUAGUUCAGAGGUGUGUGUGGGUGCGCGUGUGUCUGUCUGUGUGUGUGUGUGUGUGUGUGUGUGUGUGUGUGUGUGUGUGUGCGCACAUGCUCUGUCUAAGGUACAAGAGUGCAUUCUCAGGUCUCAGGAGAGAUAUGCAGAUACAAAGAAAGCACACGUGUGUAACACACACACGCACGCUCGCACACACACCCAGACAGUGGCAUACACACAUGUAUACACACAACACAUGCAAAAAAAAAAAUCUCCAUGAGACACAGUGAUGUGCACUCACUUUUCACACAAUUCAUAUCCCCCCCAAAGCUGUUUAAAUGUAAUAUUGUGAAAUUUGAACCUGUAUUAGGUUGUGGCUAUUCUUGGUAAUAUGUACACGUAAUAUAAAUGUAAACAGUAUAUAUAUAAACAUUAUAUCUAUUUUUGGAAUAAAUCCAACGUAUGGAAAGGCAGUUGUUUUGCAGGGGGAAAAGUGUGUGUUGUAUGUGUGUGUGUUGUAGUGUUGAAAUGAGGCAAUAAUGAUGUCUGUGUUUCGGUCAGUAGCCCAGCAUCAGUUCCUGAUCCUCUGCCACAUGCUUACUACACGGAGGUUUGGACGAGUGCAUGUGAGCGUGAAUGUGAGUCUGCUGUACGUCUUCCAUGUUGUUUACCUAAAGGAUCAUUCUGGGGUUUUUUACAACUUGGGUCUUUUUGGUUUAUUGUCAGUCAACAAUUUUAAACAAUCUACCACAUUAACAUUUCUCAUCGGGGGAAAGAAAAUGAACUUGACAAUAAAAUAGUACUAAAACUGUCCUUUCAUCACAGCUUAGACCAAUAUACCGCUUCAACUCUGACCUUUGCGAUCACAGCGCAGACUCUGGCUCCAAAUGACGACACCAGAACAAGACUGCAGCGCCCAUAUGCAGGAUAUUUUGGCUUCAGUUAUGUACAGUGUAGGCGAGGUGUCGUCCAUCUUUAUAUACAGUCUUUGGCCACAGCAGACAAACCAAACCCUGGCUCCAGGUAGGGACUAUGGCAUAUUUCCGUUACCUUAAAGGCCACCGUAGGUUCGCAACAUAAAACUAAACCUGCUACUAAAUUUUACACAUUUAACCUUAAUUCUACCUUAAAGCUGAGAUGUUUUAUUGCAUUUCCUUCAGAAAGAUAACAUUUAUUUCUGUAUAGUUUACAUAUAAACAUUUUAGCAGUCUUCCUCCCUUGGCUUGUUUAAAAUCUCCACUCACCUCUCUUGUCCCAUCAGGCUUCAAGGUAUUAAUGCAGUCCAACAAUAACUAACAAACUACAAAAACCAAACCCAAGAUGUAAUAAACCAGAAUGAUGUGCCAGACUGUCAUGCUUUUUCUUUACCCCUCACCUCGUCGCUCUCUUUCUCAGGGCAGGAGUUGACUUUAAUUGCAUAUAUAUAUAUGCCUACGGAACGAUUAUACAUAGAUUGUUGUAUUUAUUUCUAAAGCACUUUUUUUCCAACAAGCACUUUUGGUUCGUAUUUGGUGGUGCUGAACGCCACCAUGUUAUUCCCUACUCAAAGAGGCGGGAAUGUUUGACUUGGACGAGUGAAUCAUGUAGAUACUUAAGAUAUACUUUUUUUUCUUCAAUGCUUUCUGCCAAAGUGUGUCUUCCCACCAGUGUGCAACUGGGUUUCAUAUCUGUGUAAGUAGCCUCCUCUUUCACAACGGUCUUAAAGGUCUAGAUUCAUCUAAAACGUCUUGGUUUGAUCUGUUGUUUUUCUUUCAACGUCAUGUGACGGGGUUUAUCAGGAAGGAGAAGAUACCAGAUGUAAAAAACAAAAAAAAGGGGGAGACUUUGAAGUUUCAUCUUAGAUCGCCAUGCUUUAAUCUGCUCAGCUCUUUCAGCUUUUUGAAGUGGAACUGUACAGAGAUUUAGCGUUGGUUAAAGUCACGGUUAGAGGUCUGUUUUUUGUCAGGAUUGUGUACAGUGUCAGAAUUUGUCGCCCCGUCUUUUGUCAAACCUUCGCACUGCGUCUGACCCUUACCUUUGUGUUUUUGUGUGGUGUGUGUACGCGUGUUUCCUUCACCUUGAGAGUGUGGAGUGUUUGCAGUCUAGCUAUGGGUUUGGUGUGAUGUUAUGGCAUGAGGUACGAUACGAGUCAUUUUUUUAAGUGCCGUUAAGUUUGCACAUUAGCCUCAUUCACCUCAUCGGGAAUGUCCUGUAUUGACCGGACAACGGGUGUCAAGGUUUUUUUCCUCCCAUUGUCUGGUACCUAGACUUGGGACAUUUCAAAAUUUAAAUCCUAUUAGAUAUAGUCUUACAUUGGUUCGUGAGGUGUGUGUGUGUGUGUGUGUGUGUGUGUGUGUGUGUGUGUGUGUGUGUGUGUGUGUGUGUGUGUGUGUGUGUGUGUGUGUGUGUGUGUGUGUGUGUGUGUGUGUGUGUGUGUGUGUGUGUGUGUGUGUGUGUGUGUGUGUGUGUGUGUGUGAAGUGGUGUGAAAGACAGCUGUGUUUUAAAAUGCCUUUUUUUUUUAAGUGGACUGAUGCUGGUGUUUUUUCCCCAUUUAGAGAGUAAUGUGUCUGUUACCUGUCGUCGAUUUAGCUUGUACAUUCAGAUACGAACAUAAUAAAUGUGAAAACAAAAAUGAA